CUGACAGUCCGGCACGUGACGUGGAGUAAGUUCCUGCUGAGGCUUGAGGGAAACAGAUCGACAUUCAGCCACGGGAGAAUCGCACUUUGCGGCCUGUGAAGCCCCCCUCCCUGAGCGAUGGCCUCACCAGUCUCCGUCUAUAACUCCAACGCCUUGGACACACGCAUCUCCAGUACGUCCAGAGAGUCUCUGAAGAUGGAGCUGCUGUCAGACGUGUCUCUGCUUCCAGGAGAGGAGAGGAUCAUAGAUAAAGACGUCAUGUACAUGUGUCCUUACAACGCAGCAGUGAAAGGAAAAGUGUUGAUCACCAACUUCAGACUCUACUUCAAGAGCUCGGACGCCGACGUCGCCGUCAUGUUGGACGUUCCUCUGGGCGCCAUCAGCCGGGUGGAGAAGAUGGGCGGGGCUUCAAGCAGAGGAGAGAACUCGUACGGCCUGGAUAUCACCUGCAAGGACAUGAGGAACCUGAGGUUUGCGUUGAAGCAGGAAGGUCACAGCAGGAGAGACCUCUUUGACCUCCUCUUCAGACACGCCUUCCCCCUCUCACACGGCCUGCCUCUGUUUGCGUUCGUGACUCAGGAGAAGUACGAGGAGAACGGCUGGAGCGUCUACAAACCCAUCGAGGAGUUCAGACGGCAGGGCUUACCCAACAAUAAGUGGCGUAUAACGUUCAUCAAUAAGAACUACGAGCUGUGUGACACCUACCCCACCGUGCUCGCUGUUCCCUUUAAGAGUAAAGAAGAAGACCUGAGGAGAGUCGCCGCCUUCAGGUCCAGAGCACGCAUACCGGUUCUGUCGUGGAUCCACAGGGAGAACCAGGCGGUGAUCGUGCGCUGCAGUCAGCCUCUGGUCGGGAUGUCGGGUAAAAGGAACAGAGACGAUGAGCGUUACCUCGACCUGAUCAGAGAGGCCAAUGACACCACCAAGCUCACCAUCUACGACGCCCGGCCCAACGUCAAUGCCGUGGCCAAUAAAGCGACCGGAGGAGGCUACGAGGGCGACGAGUAUCAGAAUGCAGAGCUGAUCUUCCUGGACAUCCAGAACAUCCACGUGAUGAGAGAGUCCCUGAAGAAACUCAAAGACAUCGUCUACCCCAAUGUGGAGGAGUCCCACUGGUUGUCCAGUUUAGAGUCCACGCACUGGCUCGAACACAUCAAGCUGGUCCUGUCAGGAGCCAUCCAGGUGGCCGAUAAGGUGUCAGGUGGAAACUCGGUGGUGGUUCACUGCAGCGACGGCUGGGAUAGGACGGCUCAGCUCACCUCUCUGAGUAUGCUCAUGUUGGACAGUCACUACCGCACGCUGCGAGGGUUUCAGGUUCUGAUUGAGAAAGAGUGGAUCAGCUUUGGACACAAGUUCGCAUCAAGGAUAGGACACGGAGAUAAGAACCAUGCUGAUCAGGACAGAUCUCCCAUCUUUGUUCAGUUCAUCGACUGUGUGUGGCAGAUGACCAAACAGUUUCCCACAGCCUUUGAGUUCAAUGAGCGCCUCCUGCUGACCAUCCUGGAUCACCUGUACAGCUGUCGCUUUGGGACGUUUCUCUACAACUGUGAGAGCGCACGAGACCAGCACGAGCUGCGGUUGAAGACUGUGUCUCUCUGGUCUCUGGUCAACAGUAAGAUGGAGAAUUAUUUAAACCCAUUCUACACCCCUGAGUCCGGCAGAGUCCUGUACCCGGUGGCCAGCAUGCGCCACCUAGAGCUGUGGGUGACUUACUACAUCCGCUGGAACCCCCGUAUGCGACAGCAGCAGCAGAGUCCCGUGGAGCAGCGCUACAAGGAGCUGUUGGCACUCAGAGACGAGUACUUGAAGAAGCUGGAGGAGUUGCAGCUCUCUGACUCGUCCCCCUCUCCACGCCAUGCCAACAGCCCCGGCCCCAACACCUCCCCCUCUCCUUCCUCCCCUCCUUCACAGCAGUACACACACCUACACACUCCGCUCUGAGGGCUGCUCACACACACACACACUCACACACACACACAGACACACACACACACACACACACACACACACACACACACACACACACACACAUACACACACACUCACACACAGUCUCUUGCACUUAUGUCCUGUUCUGGUUUGUGUGUCACAGGGAGCUAACCAUGCUAAUGUGCAGUGCUAACUCAGAAUGCUAAUAAGAUUUAGAUUUGAUCGUGAGGUUUUAACGACACAGAGGUGAGGAUGGUGAUAAUGAUGGUGAUGAUGAUGAUGUUGAUGAUGAUGAUGGUGAUUUAUGCAAUAUGUCACAGUACAGCCUUUAACACACUUUUUUACACACACUCGAACAAAGAAGCCUUAAACACGAACAGUUGCUUUAUGUCCAAGGGCUUCAACACACACACACACACACACACACACGGGACACACAGGACACCUUGCAGGGAUCGCUCUAAAUGAUCAACCUCCAUUCUUCAUUCUUCUGCAUCGGAGAGCUGCGUACAAAGUUACCGAUGUCGUAGCCAGACGUUCGAUUAUUAUCAGGAAACUUGAAUCGAGUCCGAUAGUCAGCACAAGUUUGAUUAUUUUAAGCUCAAGUGAGUUCACGUGAAACUGUUUCCUGAAAGUCUCUCAGCGUUGAGAGUCUGUUCAUGUUUAAUCAGAUAACAACCAAACUCCAUCCAAAAAAAGAGCAUGAUAUCCUGUCUCCACUGGAGGGAUCUAUGUUUUUAUGAAGAAACUUGAAGGAAGAAUAUUCUCAGACAGUUCCGACAGACAUUGAGAAAAACAAAGAUCCUGAAGUCCAGAUGUAUGUAAGGCAUGUGGUUUAAAUCCACUCAGGUGUUUCUUACCUGCAGUCUGAGCUCACACAAGGCUUCUUUAAAGAGAUCCACCUGAACGUGUCUCCUGCACGUGUCCUGAUACAUGCUCACCUGUGUCCUGUGUGUCACCAACAUGUCUUCACACCUGUUGCUACCUGCUGCACUGCUGCUGAGUGUCGUUGCCCAAUGAAGAGUAGGUCCAUGUAGAGAUCGAUCCGGUGAGAGCUGAGUCUGUCUGGUAUGUGGCGGCGGAGGCGGCGUCUGUGAGACUUGUGUCAGUUCCUCUGACAGACUCAAACAGUUCUCAUGAGGUUAGAAUAAUCAGUGAUUAACUUUAUGAACAAAGCUUAGAUAGAAUUAGAACUUUAUCUUCAGGUGCUGAAGAGCGUGUAAGGGAAUGAAGCGGUGCUGGCCUCUGAUCCUGAACACAGUCAGUCAAUGAUGGCCUUACAGACCGGGACAGGGUUCUCCAUCCCUCUCACAUACCCUCUGUUCCCUCUUUGGUAGAUAAUCUGUCCUCCAUCCCAGAACGCUCACAGGUGAUCUGAAGCACGGUGCCUUUCGGACAGCUCUUAGUUUAGUGUGCAACAGUUUCUUUGACUUUUCCACUUGAACUCUAAAAGUUUGCAACUGGCUCCAGUUACCGGCUUUGUGAAGGGAACGUGAUUCCAACCGCUUCUUUGGUUGUCUGAGGUCUCGUGAUUCUGUAACAAUCACAAGACAACUCACAGGAAACAUCUUUUCAACACUUUAAACUGGUUUACUGACAUUUAGAAAUGUUUAGAUACAUUUAUCCUCCCGAUAAUAAGUCGGACCCAGACUGGAGCGUCAGCUGACCUGCCCACAGGGGUCAUCACCAUACCAGAAUUUUAAACUUCAAUAUGUUUCUUGUAGAAAUCAAAUUAUUUUAAUACCUGGUUGAUACCACAGCCACAAAGAACAAGUACUACACACACAAUAUUCGGUCUUUUAUUGUUUUUAAUGAUCAAAUAUUGCAGGAAAUAUGCAAACUGUCUUAAUUGGCAACAUGCAGGUCGGGCUUUUGGGAGGGGGCUUAUAAAUAAAGCUGAUUGGUGUCCCCGUAGAGUUCCCCUAAAACCGGCCUGUCCACAGAAGUCCCCGUAAAGUUCCCCUAAAACCGGCCUGUCCACAGAAGUCCCCGUAAAGUUCCCCUAAAACCAGCCAGUCCACAGAAGUCCCCGUAAAGUUCCCCUAAAACCAGCCUGUCCACAGAAGUCCACGUAAAGUUCCCCUAAAACCAGCCUGUCCACAGAAGUCCCCGUAAAGUUCCCCUAAAACCAGCCUGUCCAUAGAAGUCCCAGUAAAGUUCCCAUAAAACCAGCCAGUCCAUAGAAGUCUUCGUAACGUUCCCCUAAAACCAGCCUGUCCACAGAAGUCCCCGUAAACUUCUCCUAAAACAGGCCAGUCCAUAGAAGUCCCCGUAAACUUCUCCUAAAACAGGCCAGUCCACAGAAGUCCCCGUAAAGUUCCCCUAAAACCAGCCUGUCCACAGAAGUCCCCGUAAAGUUCCCAUAAAACCAGCCUGUCCAUAGAAGUCCCCGUAAAGCUCCCCUAAAACCAGCCAGUCGGUUUUCAGUAGGCGCUUUAAUUAAGGAGCUUUAACCCCCCAAACUUAAACAGGGUCGAUAAACCUCGAAGUCUCCAAAGAACAAGAACACCAUGAAAUUAUUACCAUCAUGUGAAGCUUUUCAAUCUGCACCCAAAAAAUCUAAAUCAUCCCUUUCUUAUUUCACUCUUUCUUUCAAAGAAGUGACGAGCACUUCAAAUGUGUGUUGCUUUGUAGAGCUGAGUGUGAGAGUGUGAGGACUUGCUGGUUCCAGAAGGAUUCUCCAUUCUGUUAAGACUAAGGUUCAGUUUCUACAAGAUGCAUCCACACUGAAGCUUCGGCACUCUGUGUAAACGUGUCAAAGCAUGGCAGCAAAUCUUGGUCCUGACUCUGGGUUGAGUGGAUCAAUGUCUGUAUCUUGGGUUCACUUCAUGCUGAGGCCCUGACCUUGAUUAGGCAUUGUCAGCUCAGGUCUUAAAGGGGGUUGCUGAUUGAAUGGGACCACCUAGAAGUUCUUUGGGAGGGAACUAACUUCUGGAAUCCUUGAUACCCAAAGUAUCUCCUCCCUGUUUGCGCCUCUACAGAUUCCUUGACUUCCUACAGAAGCAUCCUCUCUGAUGGAAGACCUCAGAGUGAAGCUCGGACUGUGUUUUCAGGAAGUUGGAGGCAGUUUGUGCAGGUGUUGUGCGAGCAGUGUGUCUGUUUCCAUUUGAACGAGGUGCAAUAAGUCAUUCUUCACAGUGUGUCAGGUCUUGUCCAGAUUUGUGCCUUGAUUCUUGUUAGAAUCACCUCCACCUCUGCAGAUAGAGACUUUCUCCGCCUUUGUCUAAGUCAUGUUUGAGGUCGACUGCUCGCUGGUUCACAGUCCCAAAGAAAGACUACGAGUAAAGGUCGUAACAUUUAGUGUGCGGCGGAUGUUCGCCCAAGACCUACGUUGAGAAGACCCGGGGUCAGCUGCAGACUAAUGCAUCAAAAUACUCCAAAGCACUCUUCUGAGAUCACCUAGCUGGCAGCCUUUUAGAGCACUUUGAACGGUCUGAGUUUUUCCAGCCGACAGUCUUUGAUACGGACUCUUGUGGAAGUAAAAACGUCGGCACGCGGCGGAGUUCGCAAAAUAUUUGUUCACGUAAAAAACUGAAUGUCCCUCAGCUGCUUCAAUCCUUCCGUUCUCUAUUUGUCAUUGAUUUAUUUUCUCUUUAAACAUGAUUGGUUUGGACUCAGACGACCGACUGUCACCGAGAGGGAAAACGUCCAGAGUGAUUUCAGUUGAAGGAUUUUAAAGGUGUCAGGAACUUGUCUUCACGCGUUCACCUCUCUGGAAAUGGUUAAACGUUGGUGAGCAAUGGUAGCCAACGUACUCCUGGUGUGCAGGAGUUUGUAUAAAUAACCCAACAUCAGGGGUCUAGGACUUCUACUCGUAUUGCUGUUGUACCAAACAGGUUUCAAUGUAAUAAAAUUUUUACUAGCAUCACAUCAAAGUCUAAAAUUCUGGUAUCCUGGCAAUCCUAAACCGUAGGGGGCGCCAAAGUCGAUGAACACGAGGUGUCUUUUAUACAAGUGUUAUUAGGAUCGGCCGGCAGCUGUCCCUGAGUCUUUGUUGGAAAAAGAAAGAAGUAAACUUUUGGUAUUUAGACGUUCUACUCGACGGUUUAACUCAAACACGACUCGAGCCUGGGUGUCACAGAGCGAGCAGGUGGAGGUGAUCUAACGGGUUCUACCAAACGGAUUCUGCGUCGACAUAAAAAGUUUGAUCUGGUUUAAGGAGGUUUUUUGAUGAAAGGACAGCGACAGAAAAAGAAGCGACCGCCACACGAGAAGCGUGCGUCUGUCGGAUGUUUUUAGGGAAUAAAAGAGAUAAAUCUAUUUUUUUUAUUUUAUACUCUGUACAAGAACCAUGAUGUAAUUACCUCAAUUAAAACCUAUUUUACUGCCUAAAGUUCUAUUGUUGUAAAAUACAAUUAUUUUCUGUAGUGUACAAUCUUCCAGUUUUAUAAAAAGGAACGUGACGUCUUGCGGAAAUGGUCGGUUUACGUUAGUAUUCGUGUGUUUCCUUUGAUUUGGGAUGAAAAGACGGACACUCGUCUGGAGGAUGUUUGUGGAUCAGACGAGAUGAUGUGAGAAGUUUCUCCGUCUUUGUUUCACUUUGACUCUUUCUUUCAUGUCGGGCGGGGGGUGGGGUUGUUUGAGGGCUUUAGUGUCAUAAUUUAGCCUGCUUUUAUAGAUACACAUGAAAUGUGUUUGGGGAUCUUUUGGCAUUAACAAGGGAAGAAGAACAGAGAAAACAUUUCAGACAUAUUUCUUUGAAUCCUGUUUUAUCCUCUCCAGUCUGUUGGAUGGCUCCUGAUGUGUAAAUAUUACUGAUUAAAUUAAUUUAAGGA